CAUAUCAUAUUAUACUCCAAUCUUUCGUGUGUGUGUUUUUUCUGCUCAUAAUUUUCUUCUCUUUUCUUCCAGCAAUGGCAAAAAAUUCUCCUAAUGGAGAAAUUCAAUCAUCAAAUUUACCAAAUUUUCUUCUCUCUGUUAGACUCAAAUAUGUUAAACUUGGUUAUCAUUACUUAAUCUCAAAUGCAAUUUAUCUAUUAACUGUGCCAAUUCUUGUUGCUGUGGGACUUCAUCUUUCAACCCUUACACUUGAAGAUCUCGUGCAAAAUCUUGCCAUGUUGAAAUCUUAUUCAACUCUUGUUGUUUUUUUGGGUACGAUAUACUUCAUGAGUCGUCCGAAAAACGUUUACCUAGUCGAUUUCUCGUGUUACAAGCCAAACGAACGUUACAUGAUGUCGAAAGAACGUUUAUUAGAGAAAUUAACGGAUAUUUUCGAUGAAAGUAGUUUAAAUUUUCAGAAGAAAAUCUUGUACAACUCGGGUUUAAGUGACAAGACUUAUGUUCCAGUCGAUAAAUGGAUUCCAUCGAAUUUUUCGCUUAGUAGUAACCAACAUCAAGCGAAAUUGGUUAUUAUUGGUGCUAUCGACGAUUUAUUGGCGAAAACUGGCGUAAAAAUUCGAGAAAUUGGAUUUAUUAUUGUGAACUCUAGUAUGUUUAAUCCAACACCUUCUCUUUCUGCCAUGGUUGUGAACCAUUAUAAGCUUGGAGUCAAUGUGAUUACAUAUAAUCUUGGAGGUAUGGGCUGUAGUGCAGGACUUAUUUCUGUAGACUUGGCUAACAGGCUUUUACAGGGUCAAGCCAACAGCUAUGCACUUAUAGUAAGCACAGAAAUAGUCUCAUCAGCCUUCUAUACUGGGAAUGACAAAUCAAAGCUAAUACCAAACAUGAUUUUCCGGAUGGGCGCAUCCGCUGUUCUCUUAUCGAACCGUUUUUCCGACCGAUGGAGGUCGAAAUAUCAACUGAUGCAUGUUGUCCGCACCCAUAAAGGUGCGGACGACAGAGCAUUCAGUUGCGUAUUUCAAGAUGAAGAAGAGGAUGGUAAAAAAGGCAUGUCAUUGUCAAAGGACUUAAUGGCAGUAGCCGGUGAGGCUUUAAAAACAAACAUCACAACUUUAGGUCCACUAGUCCUGCCGAUGUCCGAGCAGCUCCUCUUUUUCGCCUCGUUAAUCAUGAGGAACGUCUUUAAACGGAAAAUCAAACCAUAUAUCCCGGAUUUCAAGAUGGCGUUCGAGCAUUUUUGCAUUCAUGCAGGGGGUAGAGCUGUCUUAGAUGAACUUCAAAAGAAUCUUGAUCUCUCAGAAGCACUUAUGGAACCGUCUAGAAUGACUCUUUAUAGGUUCGGGAACACUUCAAGUAGCUCAGUUUGGUACAAUUUGGCGUAUUCCGAGGCUAAAGGGAGGAUUAAGAAAGGCGAUAGAGCGUGGCAAAUAGGAUUCGGAUCAGGAUUCAAAUGUAACAGUGCUGUUUGGCGAGCCCUGAGGACAGUCAAUCCAGGAAAAGAAAAGAACGCCUGGACAGAUGAGAUUGAUGAUUUUCCCGCUCAAGUCUCACGUUCAUGCUGAAUACGUAUAAAUGGACAACACCUACAAAAAAAUCACUCUAGUAUAUUAAAUUGUGCAAAUAAUUAUUUGUACAAUCAAUGUAUCUAGAAGUACAAAAUUGAAGCCAAAUGAGGGCAACCAGUAGGUAGUUCAAAUAUCAAUUUCAAUCUUUUUAUUUUAAUGUUGAAUUAGCUCAUUCAUGUUCUCUAUUUGUUGAAGGAAAAUACCCUGGUAUUGAAUCUUGAAUCAUUUCAAACAA